GCCCGCUGUGGAUGGAGGAGCGCUGCAGUCCUCAGCGGUGACAAACUGCUGAGUUUGUGUCUGGUGAGGAGGUGGGGGGAGCCGGCCACCAAGGAAGGAUAUAAAUGGUUUUUAUUAUUAUUAUUAUUCACACCGAAAGACAUAUCGGCUGGAUUGGAAACUAUGAAGCCCCCCUCCUCCUGCUCCUGUUUCCGCUCAGUGCUGCGGUGACCACGGAGUGCGCACAGGCACGGUCCGCUGACACGUCUCUGUCUACUUGUUGUUCUCCCUCCGAGAGACAUGACGCGCGCUUCCUUGGCUGGCGUCGGACUUCUGUCGGUCCUUUUCACCUGUUCUUUAGCGGUGCAGUAUGAGGAGGACUACGAGGAUGUGACUGUGAACCAAAUGCUGGCUCCUAAAUCCCAGGAAACAGACACCACGGAAAUCCUCAAUAAUUUACUCAAAGAGUAUGACAAGAAGCUGAGGCCGGACAUUGGAGUGAAACCAAUUGUCAUAGAUGUGGAUAUAUUUGUGAACAGCAUCGGACCGGUGUCUUCAAUCAACAUGGAGUACCAAAUUGACAUCAUCUUCGCCCAGACGUGGACAGACAGCCGCCUCAGAUAUAACAGCACAAUGAAAAUACUGACUUUGAACAGCAACAUGGUUGGACUCAUUUGGCUGCCGGACACCAUCUUCAGAAACUCCAAGACCGCAGACUCCCAUUGGAUCACAAUGCCGAACCAGCUGCUCAGGAUAUGGAACGACGGAAAAAUACUUUACACCUUAAGGUUAACUAUAAAUGCUGAGUGCCAGCUGCAGCUACACAACUUUCCAAUGGACGAACACUCGUGCCCGCUCAUCUUCUCCAGCUACGGAUACUCGCAAGACGAGAUGAUUUACAAGUGGAGGAAGAACUCGGUGGAGGCGGCCGACCAGAAGUCCUGGCGUCUGUACCAGUUCGACUUCAUGGGCCUCAGAAACACAACGGACGUCAUAAAGACGACGGCGGGUGACUACGUGGUGAUGACGGUGUAUUUUGACCUGAGCAGACGGAUGGGCUACUUCACCAUCCAGACCUACAUCCCCUGCAUUCUCACCGUGGUUCUCUCCUGGGUUUCCUUCUGGAUCAAAAAGGACGCCACUCCGGCCAGAACGGCUCUAGGGAUAACCACAGUCCUCACCAUGACCACUCUGAGUAGUGUGGCCAGGACGUCGUUACCCAGAGUGUCUUACGUCACCGCCAUGGACCUUUUCGUCACCGUUUGCUUCCUGUUUGUCUUUGCUGCCCUGAUGGAGUACGCAACGUUAAAUUACUACUCAUACAGCAUUCGGAGGCCGAGCUACAUGGAACCUCAAAGGCUGAACUUCUCUGUGCUGGACGUGAGGCCUCCUCCGCACACCGUCAUCGCUCUAAACAACGCCAUGUACUGGCAGGAGUUCGAGGACGCCUGCGUCUACGAGUGUCUGGACGGGAAAGACUGCCAGAGCUUCUUUUGCUGCUUUGAAGAAUGCAAAGGAGGCGCUUGGAGAAGAGGAAGAGUCCACAUAGACCUACUGGAACUGGACGCGUACUCGCGUGUGUUUUUCCCCACGUCCUUUUUGCUGUUCAACAUUGUGUACUGGGUCGGAUAUCUCUACCUUUAAGUACAACGCACUCGGCAGAACUGGAAUCAAAAGUCAGAAGGUAACGGCCGUUAGUAGUGAUGUAUUAUUUGUGACAGCAAAUAAGCUCUUUGGAAGGAUCUACGUGGAUAAGAGAGCAACAUCCGGCCUGUUUCUGCUGUGGGGGCGAGAAUCCAACACAGCAGAGUUUCCCUUUGUUUUGCUGUGUCGACUCAGAAAGGACUGUGGGGGCAAACGGGCAGCGAGCCGCACACCGGGACUCCAGUCUGCUCAGGCAGGUAGACGGCUCUGUGUUGUAGGAAUACUGUUCUCCAGCCGUCGGUCGAGUCGAGCCGAUGAAAAUCCAAGGACACACAAACCGUUCCUAGUGCCUUCCUUUGGAGGGGUAGAUGCUAUCCGUAACAAUAAUCAGGGAGUUAUCGUUUAUAGAGUAGAUGGGAAGAGCCUGGCUUUGACUGAUUAUCAAUAAGUUUAUGAAGUAGUCACGUGGUACAAUAGACACACUUAUUGUUGGAAUAUCUUCACCGUUACUUUCAGCUAUUUGAUGGGACUAGCUAUGAGGUGUUACCCGAAUCAAGGUUUAAAAUUUUUGUAGUUAUAUUGGUUUUACAGUCCUUUUAAAACCCUUUGUGUCCUAAAUUUAAAAUGUCCACCUGGAUAUUUUUACUCGUUUUAAUUCCACGCAGUUCUCUAAAUGUCCUGUGACUAAAAUAAAUUAUCGUAAUAACCCGA